AUGAUCAUGAAAUUUGUGUCUGUUUAUUUUGACGUAAAUAAUGGAGCUGUCAACAAUAUGUCGUUGAUAUCUUUUUGUGCAUACUUGUUAGAUCCCGCUACAUUAAUGUUUGGACCAUGGAUUUCAUUUCGCCAGUUCCGUGAUUCAUUGGAGGAGGGAGCUUUAAAGGAUGUUGUCGCUGACGGGUUUCGUGGUUUGGUUAUUUUACUGAUAUCGUUCGUUUUUGCAUUUUUUUCAACUUGUGCCACCGAAGUUUUGUUCCCCGACUUUUGGUUUUUGACGGCAUUUGGUACCGCACAGUCAUUUCGCUUUAGCCACUAUUUCGUUGGAGCGUUAUCACAUGGCAUUAUGAUUAUUUCCGGUAGUGACUGCGGAUAUAUCUCCAGAUGGUGGCGAGUUGAAUUUCCACGCUCACUUGUUGACGUGGUAGUUUCAUGGGAUUUGCCUAUGCAUAGAUUUUUAAGAAAAUAUGUAUUUGGUGAAGUACGGCACAAAGGAGCUGGAUUUGCAGUUUUCGUCACAUAUGUAGUCAGUUCUCUGCUCCACGGUAUUAAUUUCCAGUUAUCAGCUAUAUUGCUAUCGCUUGGGUUGCACACCUUUGUCGAGACAAGUAAUUCCGUCUAAAC